AUGCAGCUGCUCUACCACUCCUUUUGGCUCUCCUCGACUGAGGCAGCACAGCUGCUGGAGAGAUUCCCGCUCGAGAGCAGCGCCUGGAGUACGGCGCAUCCGGGCGGCAGGCCUGACGAAGGAGGUGCACGAAGAGUUCAGCAAUGGGGGUUUGCUUUCGACUAUGCGCUUUACGAGCUGGCCAAAGAGACGCCGGGCGUCGUUCCGCUGACGCAUCAAGAUGCCAUGCCGAAGUGGUUGCAGGAGAUUGGCAACCGAGCUUUUGAGGCCCUGGGCUUCAAGAGCAAUCCCAGCCAGGUCAUCGUGAAUGAGUACCUAGAUGGACAAGGUAUUGGGGCGCACGCCGACCACCCGUGCUUCGGGCCAGAGAUCGCCAUCGUGUCCCUGGGCGACCCCAUGGUCAUGAGCUUCGCCAGGCGACUGCGACGCAGAGUCUCGCUUACCUACCGUACCAUCCAGGAGACGGCUCUACAAGCGCUCUGUGAGCCGACCCAGACCCCCAAAGGGAUCUAA